UCUUCCUCUCUUUUUUUUCCACCAUAAACCAUGAAAAGCUCCAUGUUCCUCGUGGCAGCAGCUUUCCUCUGCCUCGUAAUUUUUCCGACCAUAACCUUAGGAAAAGACCUGAGAUUCUGGCCAAACCCCAUCAAAGGAUGGCCACAUCCGUCGAAUACCUACAGAAACUUAAUGUUAACGAGCACUUCCCAUAAAUUCAACUAUGGAGAUUCCAAAGUCUGGAAGUGUACUCAUAGCAACGGAUCUGCUCCAGCCAUUUCCAUUUCCAUUUCUCCGUCAACACCGUCAGCUUCGCCUCCAGCUCCCAAAACGUCUCCUCCUCCACCGACACCAUAUCCUCCUCCUCCAACUCCCAAAAUAUCUCCACCGCCGCCUACACCAUCUCCCAAAAUGUCUCCACCGCAGCCAACACCAUCUCCUCCAACUCCAACUCCCAAAAUAUCUCCACAGCCAAGGCCAACAACUGCACCUUCGCUUUCAACACCCAAAAUGUCUUCGCUGCCACCUACACCAUCUCCUCUUCCAACUCCGAAAAUAUCUUCACCCCCACCAACACCGUCUCUUGCGGCUCCAACUCCAAUGAAGUCUCCAUCUCCACCGCCGCCAACACCCAAAAUGUCUUCCCUGCCACCUACACUAUCUCCUCAUCCAACUCCCAAAAUAUCUCCACCGCCGCUUACACCAUCUCUUGCGACUCCAACUCCAAAGAAGUCUCCAUCUCCACCAACACCAUCUCUUCCGCCUCCAACUCCCAAGAAGUCUCCAUCUCCUCCACCACCAAGCGGUGGUGAUGAGUCAUCGCCUCCUAGCGAGCCAUCAAAUCCACCUCUGGAACAUCAUCACCAUCAGAGUCCACUGGAACACUUUGGAAGUUGUGUGAGAAACAUGGGACCUGUUGGAGAAUGUCGUGGGCAGAUGGCGUUUAGUUUCUACACGAGGAUGUUUCAAGUCAGUGACUAUUGUUGCAAUCUUGUCGUCAACAUGAAAAAUGAAUGCGAAGAUGCCAUUUGGGGAUAUUUCACCGAUCCCUACUUUGUUUCUCUAGUUCGUUUCACUUGUCACAUCAUGUACUAGUUUUUUUUUUUCAUUCUGAUUAGUUUUUUUUUUCUUUAAUGGUUUUGUUCUUGUUUUGGUUCGUUUAGUCAUGCAAUAGUGUUGUCGUCUAUAUCCUAUGGACGCCUCUUUCGUUAUACGUUUUAAUUAAUGAAUAUAUAUGGCU